GUCCCAUGACGUCACUAGAGAUCAACGCGGAAGUGAACCAGGCGACGAAACAGCAGACAGACAGAAACCCAAAUAAGUUGGUGUGUACUCUUGAUUACUAUUUACAGACUCUUAACAUCAUGCUGGGAGGAGGCUUCAAGGCAGAGAGGCUCAGAGUCAAUCUCCGGCUGGUCAUCAACCGACUCAAACUCCUUGAGAAAAAGAAAACUGAGCUUGCUCAAAAGGCCAGGAAGGAGAUCGCUGAUUACCUGUCAUCAGGAAAGGAUGAGCGGGCACGGAUCCGCGUGGAGCACAUUAUCAGAGAGGACUAUCUGGUGGAAGCCAUGGAGAUCCUGGAGCUUUACUGUGACCUGCUGCUGGCUCGCUUUGGCCUCAUUCAGUCUAUGAAGGAACUGGAUCCAGGCUUACAGGAGGCAGUGUCCACCCUUAUCUGGGCAGCCCCUCGCCUCCAGUCAGAGGUGUCUGAACUGAAAAUUGUAUCUGAACAGCUAUGUGCAAAAUAUAGCAAGGAGUAUGGCAAGCUGUGCAGGACAAACCAGAUUGGGACAGUCAACGACAGGCUGAUGCACAAACUGAGCGUGGAGGCCCCUCCCAAGAUCUUGGUGGAGCGCUACCUGAUAGAGAUAGCCAAGAACUACAAUGUGCCAUACGAACCUGACGCCAUGGUCCGGCCUGAGGUGUGUCCUGGAGAGGAGGCAGACCUGAUUGACGUUGACACUGACAAGAAGUCCGGUGGAGGAGGAGGAGGUGGAGGUUUCACUGCUCCUGCUGCUGCUAUGCCCAUGCCUAUGCCCAUGCCCAUGCCAAUGCCCAUGGGCAUGCCUAUGCCAUCAGCUUUCAACUAUCCACCUCCCAAAGGAGCCGAACCGUUUAAUCCCUCCGUUGGAACCUACAACAACUUCCAGCACCCCAUGGGAGGAGGGCAGCCCCCUCAGCUGCCUACUUCUCCCCCCACAUACGAGUCUAUUGAUGACUUAACUGACAAACCUUCUGUUCCUUCCCAGGCCGUAGGUCCCGGCCCCUCGUCUCAGCAUUAUGACAACAACGCACUCCCAGAGCUCCCUUCUGUUCCCGAUACACUCCCCACAUCCUCCUUUGGCGGGAACACUACCACCUCGGACGACAUCGACUUUGAUGAUCUAACGCGGCGCUUUGAGGAGCUGAAGAAGAAGACCUAAUCGUUACACCCCUGGUCUAUACACACACAUAUAGACACACACACAGGCCUGGGUCGUCACCUCCGCAGCUCAGAACAGGAAAUACAAAAUGGUCAAGGUUCUGAAUCAUAUUUGGAUAGUUUUCCCCCUUUCUACCGUGACGUUAUUUUACACAGAUAUUAAAAAAUACAUCUAUUCUUACCUCAUGUAGAUAAAUAUGACCAUUUUACUGAUGGUGUGGUUGCUCACUCAACCUUUUCAAAUAACAGAAAUCUACUUUCUUUUGGUAAGGCAGUACCAGUUUGUACCACAUGUUUUAAUUUCUCUAUAUACUGUACUGCACAUCAUAUACAUUAUUACAUACAAUCAUGUGGGUGGUGACCCCUGUUCACUCAUUGAAGGACUUUUAACUUUUCCCAUUUGUCUGCGUGACAUACUGUUGUAAUAAUCAAUCUUAGAUUUUUUAGUGUUGCUUUAUUUUCAGGGUUUUGGGGUCUGACUAAUAUCUACAGUACAUGCCUUGAUUCUACUUUGCACAUGUUGUGUCGACACUGUGUCACUCAGUCCUGUCUCAGACCAGUCAAACCAGUCCGACUGCCCGCCCCAGUUUGGCAUUCAUGCCAACAAAUUUUCCAGAUUGUUUCUCCGAAGCGAAGCGUCAGUACCCAACAAUUGAUUUCAUAAAGGUUUCCGGACAGAUAGAAGCCAUAUUAUCAGUGUCUUGCGCAGUCAUGUUAUCACUGUGGACAGGGCGUUUUGAAACACUCCUUAAUCAAUCAGCCUCUCAAACUUUAAGGUCUAUAUAUAGCAGAAAUACCGUGUGUGGGGCUGUUCUGGAAAAGCUCACGGUGACACAUGUCAAAGCUGUUCUGUUCAUCUGUUACAGGGGUGGUGGGGCACAGAUGUAAAAUGUAUGGAAAUCUGUAAUAUUAUACAUUUACAGUGAUAUAGCUAGACCUAUUUACACAAAUGAUUUAAUUGUACAGGAAAUGAGUUUAGGGAGGUGUUCAAUAUUUGAGAAGUCUGUUUUAUAUACAGUAUCUCCAAAUAAAGGUUGUUUGCCCUUUUGAAUGUCGGUUUUACCAAAAUACCUGCACUUUUCUUUAGUAUUGAAGAACUUAAUUGACAAGCAAAAUGUUUGCAGACAAACAGCAGUCCUAACAUAACCGCACAACAACCUGAUUUGAUGUAAAUAUUGACCUCAGAGGUUAUAGGUUAUCUGUGAUCGCGUGUGCAUGUGUCUUCUACUGUGUGUGCACCACUGCAUUUGCCUUAGUUAACAUCUCUCAUCAGAGGCCUUGCCAGUCUGUACUAGGAUCAUGCAUUAUGCAUUUGUUAUCCAUCAAGACUGGAUACAUGUUACCUGCAUUUUGUCUCACUUGAUUAGAGAUGCGUUGCUUUAUUUGCUGUAUCCGUAAACAGUCCUUUUUAAAAAAUACUUUUGAGUUUAAUUUUCUUCAUUGGAUAAAAAAAAUGUUGGCAAUAGAGGUUGAUGUUUCAAUUUCCUUGAGAGAAAGUAAAAGAGUUUUGUUGUGCUGACGUGAUUAACCACACCCAGCUCUGCUUGCAUGGCUAAUGGAUGGCGGCCUUGAAUUAAAAUGACUCAGCAGUUUGUGGAAAGCAAGUCUAAAAGCUUUCCGGCAAGGUGAUAGACACGUUUUAUUAAUGGGUUUUACACGUGUUGGAGAAAGUAGAGAGAUGAUUAACACUACAGAACUGUGAUCUACUCACUGUUUUUUCUAUGUUGGACUGUUGUUUCAUGCUAACACUUGAGACACAAAAUGGUGUCUUGUUGCAAAAAACAUAGGAGGUUUUUUUUCCCACUGUAUACUAAAAUAACAAUUUAAUAAAAGCUACUUGGAAAUGGAAACUGGUCUUAACAGCAUUUUCACCUAUUGCUCUUGAUUCUUUUUCCUGCUAUGCAACACUGCCAUGUCUAAUGGUAACCAGUAGGGGUCCUCAGGUCCACAUUCUUAAAUCCUUACAGUAUUGUAUUGACAAUCCUGUGUUACCUGUUUACAUCUGAAUUGUAUGAAGAUCAGGCAUAAUUAUCUUUGAUUGGGUACAACUAAGUGCAGCUAGGUGAGUUUUACAGAGUGGCAGCUGUUAGAAUUUGGCACAAUAACUUGCAGUCUUUUGGAGAUAAUCAGUAAUAGCUUGACAGGUUAGAAAGCUUUGUAGUCAAUUGAGUUUGUAGAGCUCAUUGUGUAAUGUAAAAUGUGCUCGAUGAUGACAGUCUUAGAUAAUAAAGACUAGUAUGAGA